UGCAGACAUAUCUGUUACUUGAUUGCUCAAGCCAUCCGAGGCCAACCGCGAAAUGCUCGAAUUUCCAAAGUCCGACCGUACCGUUCGGGUGCGAAUGGUCGAUACCACCACUUUGAUGACUGUCAACACCGGAUUCCUCAUACAACCAGUGCAGCCGGGCCAUGAGAUUUUGAACCUCACCGAUGUUGCCUUUCUUAUAGAACAUGAGGCAUCAAAUCAGAAGGUCAUGUUCGACCUCGGCACGCGAAAGGACUACUGGAACCUCCCUCCAGUCGUUCGCCAGCCUUUUGAUCAAGCCAUGAAGGCCGCGAGAGUAGACAAGGAUGUCACUGAAAUCCUUUGUGAGAAGGGCAUCGAACUGCGCGACAUUGGGUCUGUCAUAUGGUCUCACUACCACUGGGAUCAUAUAGGAAACGUGGCUCUGUUUCCCCCAACAACCACCUUGGUUGUAGGCCCUGGGUUCAAAUCACACCCUCAUCUGUUGCCUGGCUUCCCAGAAGACGCUGAGUCUCCAGUGUCAGCGGAUGCCUUCGUUGGGAGAGACGUGGUUGAGCCUGACUUCGAAGACGGAUUGACGAUCGGAGGGUUUCGUGCACAAGAUUUCUUUGGGGAUGGUUCAUUCUACUUGCUGGACACGCCUGGGCACUGCGUCGGUCACUUAUGCGGCCUUGCCCGGACAACGGCUGACACCUUCGUCUUUCUUGGUGGGGACAUCUGCCACUUUCCGGGCGUCAUAAGACCGAACGCCAGGCUUCCAUUCCCCGACAACAUCCCGUCAGAGGCUUUGGACAAAGAUUCUUUCUUUCCAAGUCCAUGCCCAUGCAGCAUUUUCACAAAUAGCCACCCGAUAGCCAAGGUUGACCCGAGACAAGAACCCUUCUAUGAGGUUUCUGGUUACGAAGGGAGCGCCUUUUUCGACGCGGAGGUUGCACAGAAGUCUGUCACUAAACUGUUAGACUUUGAGGCAUCUGAAAACGUUCUGAUAUGCAUAGCCCAUGAUUCUGAUUUGCUAUUGCAUCUCCCCACUUUCAAUGACUCACCGUCCUCUGACCUCAAUCCUUGGAAAGAGAAGGGCUGGAAGGAGAAGCUGCGCUGGGGAUGGCUCAACGAGCUGCCGCGUGCUGGUCGUCCUGGCAGGAAGCCACUUGUUGAAGGGUACUGGCGCGAUGGCAAAUUAUGGGAAGAGGCGGUGCAGACGCUUCGUCGCAAGGCAGAAACGUAGAGGUUCGAUCACAAAUGGAAACCCCCCU